AUGGAUGAAGAUGCUAUUCCCCCAAUUCCCGUGUGUAGUGCACCCCCCCUCAGUGAACCUGCGUCACCUCUCCUCCCCCUUUCUUCCGUCACCCCCAGCUGUGCUCAUGAUGGACCGUCUGGACACCGGAGGAGCGGCCGCAUCCAGGACAUCAGAGCCAGAACCCCGAAAAAGCUGGACUGUGCAGACAUCCAGGCUGCCCAGAGACAAUCUGGACCGAAUCCGCCCUCCUCAAAGAGGCAAAGAGAAGCGGCAAACAUGGCACAAGCAUCACAGUCAAAGCUGCAGAGAGGAGGAAGAACACGUCUACAUGAGGAACCAAACAAGGUUGGGUUUUCAAUCAGAUCUAUAGCAGAGCACCAAAAUGAGUGGAAAAACUCAGAAAGCACAGAGAGUGAGAACAUUGUCUCUCCUUUGGAGAAACCACUUGUAGAGGAGACGAUGCGAAACCCUGAAGCUACCAAAUCUGAAACGGACGCAUAUCAGGAGUUACCUGAAACGGACGCAUAUCAGGAGUUACCUGAAACGGACGCAUACCAGGAGUUACCUGAAACGGACGCAUACCAGGACUUACCUGAAACGGACGCAUACCAGGACUUACCUGAAACGGACGCAUACCAGGACUUACCUGAAACGGACGCAUACCAGGAGUUACCUGAAACGGACGCAUACCAGGAGUUACCUGAAACGGACGCAUACCAGGACUUACCUGAAACGGACGCAUACCAGGACUUACCUGAAACGGACGCAUACCAGGAGUUACCUGAAAUGGACGCAUGCGAGGAUUUUGCUGGCGGCGACCUUGGUGAAGACGCCUCGGUCUCGAAGGGAUGGGUGAUCGGCCCGUUCUUUCAGUCCCUAAAAUCAAAGAUGGCUAGCUUCAGUGAGAUUGUCAUGACUCCUGUCAAGCUCUUCAGAGCCACAAGUCCUCUGACCGCGCAUGACGUCUUCGAGGCGAAUGAUGCGACCGACGUCCACACAUCGGAGAAAGGUGAUAAGCAUCAGACAGAAGCACAAAGUGUAGUUGACUCUGCAGAAACAAAAAGUGAGAUAAGCACUGCACCCAAAAAGUCUAAAAAAUUGCAUUUUAAUGAAUCGGUAUGCAGGACUGCAUGCGGUUUUGAAUGUGCAAUAAGUGGGGGAGAUGAAAACUUACCUGACGUCGUGCCUCUGGUUUGUGUUGCUUCUGAAGAAGCCGGCGAACCGUCUGACUCCUCUUUCCUGUUGCAUAAAAGUGCCUCGCAUGAGUCAGACCUAAACGUUUACACUGCUGUGGAGGGCCAGAAAGGCAAGCUGUCCAGCGUAAAACCACUCUCAAGACGAGACACGGGAAACGGAUACGAGUUGGUUGAAAUUAAAGACAGAAAUCAACUUCAGCUCGAUGGCCUCGCCACAAACAAAAGUCCACUGAAGCCUUCUUUUGGUGCAGAACAGAUGGAGUGCCAACAAAUCUCCGAGAUGUGUUCGGUGUCAAAGUUUGCAAGAGCAAAGAGGCGGCUGAAGCCGAACUGUGCUUCCCAAGAUGACGUGAAGAGGAAAAAGAUGAACAUGGCUUCAGGAGGCGACAUGACAAAGGGUGCAAGAACCCAGAGAAAGAGAGGCGCAGAUGAGAUGAAGAAACCGGAUAAUAAAAGGCAGGUGACGUCGACAAGAGCAAACGCAAAAGCAAAAAGUGAACAGGACAGGAAGAGUUGCUUGGAGAAAAGCAGCAGUGAGUUGCAGAACAAUUCAAAGUGCAAAAAAGUCAAGCCCAGUAGUUCCUGCAAACGGAUCCCGAUGAUAUCCAGCGACGAUAAUCGUAUGGAUGUGGAAACCACCAUGCCUGGCCCGACUGCAGAACCACUGGUGAAAAAGCGGUUGUCUGUAGUUCUUGUCCGUCCCAAUGAAAAGGAAAUUCCACAUGCGACCAAGUGUGGGAACGCAUAUAAGAAGCAAUUAAAACGCAAACCGCCAAAUCACGCGAGUUUAGAAGUGGAGAGCAGUUCGGUAUCUGCCUUGUCGCUUGAUGAGCUGGAACCGAUGAGCACGGGUUUUAAAAGCAAAGACGCACCAACCAGAGGAGCGAACCAGCCGUCCAAGAGACUCAGGAACAGCCUGAGGAGCGCCGUUAAGUUCUCGGUCUUAGCCGAAGAGCAAAAGAAAACCAAAGAGAGCCAGUCAAAAAAUGGCAGAGAUAAAAUCUCCGUUGACAAAGUUACUUUUCCCCAGCUUCCUCUGGUCCAUUCUAGAUUCUUAAACGAGGAAGAUGCAGCUGUUACGGAAAAUGAACAGGGGAGUUCUGCCACCGUGACAGACGAAACUUUUCUCAAAGCUUCUGAAAUCAGUAAUUGUAAUCGGAGUCCGAGCAUCAGGCUUGUUAACGCGAGGCGAAGGAGGAAAGAUGCCCAAAGGAGGAGAUGCAGGGAUCUGCACAGCAGGAUGUGUAAAACCGAGGAGGGAUCCCGGUCCGUCACGGUGGAGGACGCAGACCUGGCCGCAACGCGCAUGCGCUCUUCAGAAACCAACGUCUCCAGGCGACUGUCGCGCAGCUACUCGUGCCCAGACGUUCUUAUCCUCCAUCACGACAACUCGCCAUGGGUUUCCCCUCCGCAUUCGCCGCACCACCGGACGCAUGCUACGCUACAUCAGAGGUCGCUGCGGCGGGCGCGCCGACACACGGUGUGCAGUGUGGAGGUGGAGAGGGAGAUCGCCCCUCUCUGUCUGCGGAAGGAGGUGUAUCCGUCCAGAAGAUCUGCUUCCUAUGACCCCAUGACCCUCAACCUUUCACCUGCUCAUGUACAUUCCCCCUGCAGCUCCCUCACUGCCCUCGCCUCCUGUUUCCUUUCAAGCCCUCUGGCUUUCCUUUCCAAGAAAUCAGACUGCAGGGCAACUUCUGCCCAUGCCGGCACUUCCAGUCGAGUUCCCUCGCCGCCUCCUUCCUCUUCCUGCUCCACUGUUUGGCAUUCCCCAGGUUUCGCUUUAGGAUCUAGUUCUGCUGCUUCCUUGGAUCCCAGUGAGAAUCCGCCGCCAUACGAGGCGGCGAGAAGGCAGCAGAGCGAAGAGGAGGACGACGGCGAAGACACCAGCUCCUCCAGUCAGGAGUUUGAAGACGCUGGGCUGAGAGAGGAAAAAGCUCUGUCUGACUCUGAAAUCAGAGUUGUCAAGAAACAUGAAGAACAAAAAAAGGUUUCUUCCAUCCGGAUUCGGAAAACGUUGCCAAAACCUCAGACCAACCUGACUCCCAUGGGUCUGCCCAAACCAGUCCGGGUGAAGAAGAAAGACUUUAGUUUGGAAGAAAUUUACACCAAUAAGAAUUUCAGCAAACCCCCAGAAAGCCGCCUGGAAACCAUUUUUGAGGUGCCGCUCAACCGCAAGAACGGGUCCGAGUCCUGGUUUGGCCCGAGGCGUGUCAAACGGUUUUUGGAGUUCCUGGAAGUGGGCGAGGCCAGAAAGCCAAAGAAACCACUGGUUGGUGUUGGAAAGUCGGGUCCGUCCUCGUCCAGGCCGAGACGAGGCGGCUUCCCCAAAGACACGCCGUCCCUCAGCGUCCAGGAUGUGGACUCCCUGCUGUGCUCCAAGCUGGACGAGUUGACUCUGUGGCUGAUCCAGGAUCAGAGCGACGAAAGAGAAACGGACAAUGCUGGUCCUGUAAGUGCGAUCAUGACGUAAUGUCGCGCCGGUCCGUGUUUAAAAGUUGUGGAAAAACUCCAGUUAAAUAAAUCUGUAGCAUUUGUAGCCUGCAAGCUGAAGAACUCUGCAUCAUAGAACAAAAGUGUCAACUUGGAGAAGUUAUUUAUACACAUUUGUACAAAUUGUUUUAUUUAUUCCACAGCCAGGCUGCUCUUAUUGGUGAAGCUCUUCAGAUAAAUAAAACAAAUUCUCCUUGACAUUUUGUACAGUAUUAUCACUCAUUUUUUCUAUUCUCUGAUUUGUAUUUUCGUUCUGAAGUGAAGUAUUCAUAUCUCCUUGCAGCAUCAUUGAGUUAUAAUGGCAGCUAUUUUUUUUCUCUAUUAAAGGCUUUAUAUAUAUAAA